UAAACCCAACUUCCCACAAUGCUUUGCGUCCCCUACGGCUGCGGCUGCGUCAUUUAAGCUACGGAAAUCUGCCUCUGAACAACCAAACACGGAUGUUUUAACAUCAGUUAAUAAUGGAGUUGGAACAGCCAAAAGAAGACUGCGCUACAGCCCUGUCAACAUCUACACCUCCGUCUCAGUCAAAGAAGCCAAACCAGGCCCUGUAUGUCCCCAAGAAAGGACCUCAUGACUCCAAAGACAAAGCUCAAACUCAGGGAGAAGGCAAACCAAGACCCAGGCCCCGCUACACAGACAAGGCGAGGAAAAACGCCAGAAACAAGAAGGACAAAGCCGGAGCAGCGGCGGCAUCUGUAGGAGGAGAAGGUGAGGACUGCAAGCCUGCUGUUGGGGACGAGCGGUUAGGAGAUACAGAUGUUCAGGUUAAUGGGCAACCUGAUUUAACCGGUGUGGAGGAAGAUGGUGCAUCACGACUGGAGGCAGCCUCCCUUGAGGAAGAAAAGGGAGAAGAGGAGAGUUGGGACACCUUGUUCAAUGAUGAUGGAGACUGUCUGGAUCCCCACCUGCUGGAAGAGCUGGCUUUGGAGGAGGGAAAUAAGAAGGAGUCACUCCAGGAGCCCAGGUUUGAUUAUUACAACAUGGACCGGUAUGGUGAUGACGAGGAAGACAUCGACCUCACAGAGGACGAACUUUCUCACAUUGUGGAGAUCUACGACUUCCCUACCGAGUUCAAGACCGAGGACCUUCUCAAAUUAUUUCAGUCCUACCAACAAAGAGGCUUUGACCUCCAGUGGGUUGAUGACACCCAUGCCCUGGGCCUCUUCUCAAGCCCCAUAGCAGCUCGAGAGGCUUUGAGAUCCAAAAAUCCUCUGAUGAAGCUGCGUCCACUUUCCAAAUCCUCCGCUGCUACGAAGGCCAAAGCCCGAAGCAUCUCAGACUACCUCCUGCCAGCCAAAGAGAGACCUCAGACGAGUGCAGCAUUAGCUCGCAAGCUUGUGAUUGGUGCACUUGGUGUGAAGAGCAAUUUGUCGAAGGAGCAGCGUGAUGCAGAGAAGAAGAAACUCCAAGAUGCGAGAGAUCAAAAACGCCUUGCAGCUAGGCAGAAAGAAGAUGCUUGGGAGGGGAAGUGACCGGACAGAAAACUACCCCCGGCUGUGAUUUUUUUUUUUUUUUUUUAAAGUCCUUGAUUCAGCAAAGUGAUGACCUCUCUCUCUGUGUCCUCCCCUGAUCUGUUUUUCUCAACUGGCCACUCCUUUUCGAAACCUCCACACUUCCCAGAAAUAGAUUCCCACAAGUUUCCCUUCUUUCUGCAACAAUCCUUCAACAACUAUAGUUGAACUUCUCAUCUUUCACUGUCCACACCAGAUAUCAGGUUCAUGAGUUAAGAAUGUGCUACUAUAAUUGUAUGCUCAUAUUUGUCCAUGAAGGGACUGUUGCCUCAGGGCCAUCGCUAACACCACAUCACCUCUUAUUCUUCCUAAUAUCCUAACAAGUCUGUAGGGAAGCAGUGAGUAAUUCAUUGUAAAGGGUCAAACAUUCUUUAUUAUCGAACAGUUGUCAUCCUUAUUUGUCCUUAGAUUUUUAUUAUUCCUUUUUAAAGUAAUGGCGCAAACAAAUGUACCUGUUUAUGUGGUGGCGGAAAGGCUUUCUUUUGAAGUUAUAUUAAAUCAAGUAAGAUCACACCAUACAUCCUUCUACUCUACAUGGAGACAACUAUACCUGAACAGAAGGGGAGGGGGUGCCAUUACAUUUGAACUCCAGCUUUUAAAUUUGGUAGUUUGUGGUCUUAAAGUGGAUGCUAAGUGACAGAAAUAAUUUCUUGAAUAAUGUUGAAAACAUGAAGUAAUAGCGAUCAAAGCACUGGUUCAACUCAGAGGUGUUUUAUCCUGGCAUUAAUUAUCUGUUGGACACAUUCUACAGCACUGUGUUCAUCACAGGUCAUUCGCAUGCAACAUUUCAAACAUUAAUAUAGCAGUACUCAAAUACAUCUUAGUAAAUAUAUAUCCUUAGGUAAUGACUGAGUGAAGUUAAACGCCCUCCUGGCUGCUUGUUCUGAGCUCUGUGUUCACACUGACUGGACGACACUUCCUUCAGCUUGUUAAUGUUUCACUCAGAGGCUCAGCCAUGUUUCAUACAUGUUUUUAUUUUUUGCAUGUUAUCGUUUUUUCUGUCUAACCGUUAACCCUGCCACCACGUGGGGGAAGAGAGAUAGC